CGAUGUCUGAUUUGUUUGGCCGUAAGCAAGGUGCGGUGCCCAGGCAGAGAAUCGAAGAAAAGCAGACGUCAAUGUCGUGAUAUCGUCUGCGUGGACCUUGGGAUAUGAUCCUUCUUCACACUGUGGAUAAAUCGCCAUCCUAACAUGGAUGUUUUAAUGGAAUCGCCUGAGGUUUUUUGACAUUUGGACUUGUUUGGUCAUGACGAUGUGACAUUUUAACAGCAGACGACUUAUCUGCACGACAUCCCCUGGUCAAAAGUGAAGAGUGAACAGUUGAGACCGCGAAUGGAUCAUUCGUGCCACAUAUCGUUGUUUGAAGACAUGUAAUCGGAAAAGUUUUUUUAGAACGGAGGUGCAGUUUGAGAGUAUCGGGGGAAUCGCGGAGAUAUUUUAUUUGUCUGAUCACGACAAAGCGGGUGUAAGCCGAGCCUCAUUGAAGGACACGUGGAGUAGUACAGAAAAAAACGUUGCCAUUGUGCGGUUUUUCGAUAGCAUUCAUGCUGUUCUCAAUCUUGUUGGAUUAUCACAACUAUCGUCAAAGCUGUCGUCUGGCUGUGUAGUUCACACAUGCUGCUUUGAAAGUUUAUUUUGAACUUUGAAUUAUACUUGCAUUGCGCGUCGUAAAGGUGAGCAGGAUCAUACCAAAAACGCAUUCAGAACAAAUUUUCUUUCAAUUCGACCAUUUGUUGCGCUGCAAAGAGUGUUUAAACGUAAAAGUCGGACAAUUAAUCUUCAGAAGUCAUGAACCAUUGAGAAAACGUUUGAAUCAUGAGGACUUUUCAUACUUGGUUAAGUGAUUGCUGAUAAUGACAAAUAAUGGAAGAGGUUGACUCGGGCGCAUCCAGCAUUAGAUGUGAUCAUUGAUAGAGCGCAUUAUUUUUGUUUAUUGCUGAAAAUGAAUCACAAAAUGCAACGGAGUACUCUGAUUUCUCUGGACUUAUCGCAUAUUCUGGAAUAAUACUGGUUUGUUGACAACCAUCUCCACGUCUGCUGCAGUCAAACUGUCCGUCUGCUAAAAAUAGGGAUUCGUCAGUAAUGCUAGAAACAAUCUAUUCUCUGGAUCAUGUUGGUACAUCACCGGAUCUAAUCAGCUAUUGAUACAUUAUUGAACAUAUCGAUCGGCAAGUAAUGAUAACAGGUUUGCACAUUAUUCGCUGCCAGGCAUUGAUUCUAGAAUGCAACACGUAGAUAAAGCAAAUACUAGUUAGAGAGCGAUUAUAAACGAAUUGUAUUCUCGAACAUUAAGAGGACAUAAUCAUAAUGUCUGCUAUUGGUCGGUACGAAAUUCGAUUCUCAGGAGAGCUGUCAUCACCGUGGCAUAUCUAGUAUUAUCAUUUGCAAAGGCGAGCCCAGUUAUGUUGUCGGUAACAGGGAAUAACAGUGACAGCAACAACUAGGGAUAUUAGUAACGUUAUCGGUAACAAUGAGUAUUAGCGGUGACAGUUCGGGGAAAAGACUACCGGUAACCACAGAAAUCUCAUCGGUCCUAUAAAGGAUAGCGCUGGUCCGGUUUCUCCGAGGAUGUUAUCACCACUGAUCCAACUUGAUUUGUCGAUUUGUAACAUGCCUUCCAGUGCCAAAGAGGAACGAGUGACAGAUGCACAGUAAGUUGUAUUAACAAAAACACUUGAUUAUUGCUGCUAUUUGAACAACUGCCAUUGCCAAUUUUUUACGAGUUUAUAUCAUGGAGUACAUGUAAGUGGGUCAAUUGACUAUACAUGACAUGAAACCUUACUAACAUGAAGUGACAAUACAUUGGGUAUUUGCCUUAUAUCAGACUGUGAUAAUACAAAGUGUUCUGCAGACGAAACUAAUGUACAACAUUGUUCUGCUGAUGAUGAUGAACAAUCGAUAACUGACUAGAGCAAACAUAUUGCAAAUCAUCAUCAUCAUCAUCAACAACAACAAUUAAACUGGCUACCUGCUUCUCAUAUCGAGGAUCGAACCAGAUGGUAAAGGUAUACAGUAUCUUCGUUCCUACACUAUGAUGCACAAUCGAUUCGAGAAUAUUUGAUUACGAUUAUCAGCAUAGGAAUAUCAGAAAAGCAACUGGUGAACGAAGUCUCUGCAUUCAUAUCUCGGUAUCUGCAUUCAUCUGGGUGGAGAAUCAAUAGAUCGCCUGCAAUCGAGGCAAGUAGGAACCUGGUAAGCUCCGAGACUCGCCGUGGGAAAAGCUUUGGCUUACACCUGGUAGAAACAACUCUCGUCACCUUGAGAUGCUGAUGAAAGAAGCUGAUGCAUAGUUCGUAUGCCAAUCUUCUUUGGAGCAGGGAUGAAGUGGAUGACUCAAACUGACUGACGUUUGUUGCUAAAUCUGGGGCUCGUUGAUGCUCAAUUAUCAAUAUUGCAGUGCAUUUCUUUCGUUGUUGGUGAGACAGAUGAACUUAUGCAGCAGUAGCGGAGCUUGCUUUCGAGGAAUUGGAUAAAUUCUGUUGACUGUAUAACCGACAUCUUUUGUGUUAGUUGUCAGAACUGACAGUCUUUAUCACUAGUGGACUCCGCAAUCGGAUCAAUGGGAACAGGUAAGAGGAUUUAAGAACUUUACAUGAACUCUGUCCACAUUUGGAGACUCUGCUGCUUUGUUUUGAUCGCCAUGGCAUCUCAUCUCGUAGCUGUUGGUUAAAGGUCACAGCAAGAACAUCGAUGUCAUCAGAUCGAGGGCAAUUAACCGUUAUUACCCCAGAUCACGAUACUACAUAAAUGAUUGUAAUAUAAUUCUCCAGCAGCAAUUGGCUUUUGCUGUUUUCCUAGAGGAUAGAGGACUAUAAUUCAUGCUGUGGGAUCAUUAAAACUGUUCUGCUAUAUACAAGUGUGUGGAAGUUCCACUACGAAUGUCAGGCAUUCUAGUGAUCCAAGGAUACUUUGAUAUGGUAGAUCUGGGGACAUUUCCCUCAGGGAAAUCAAGGAGAUAUGUUGCUAUUGGAAACGACGAAUUAUUGAAAGUGUCGGGUGCGAAUACGUGAUAUCAGCAGUACGUAAUCUAUAUUGUGUGUGCAAACACUUGAUAUUUAGCUUGUGACGGCAUACGCUACAAAGAUGGGAUUCGGAAUUCAUCAUUUCGUGUGUAACAUUGACCAGAAUCUCGUCUGCCCGAUUUGUAGUGCCGUCUUGGAGGAUGCGGUGCUGACACCUUGCGGGCACUCUUUCUGUUUUUCUUGCUUGGAGACUUGGUUGGCUCGCCCUGGUACCAACACGUGCCCGGAAUGUCGGUCCAGGGUGGCACCUAAAGAGGCCAGACCGAUACACUCAGUGAGGAACCUCAUAAACUGUUUGAAUGUGACUUGUAAGAAUUCUGAAAGAGGAUGUUCUACUGUGAUGAGACUAGAGAAAUUGAAGACUCAUCUUGAGAGCUGUGGGUAUACCCCUGUUGAGUGCGCGGGGUGUGGGGUGACCGUGAAUAAGAUAGAGCUAGCGGGACAUCAGAUAGGCUGCGCCGGUAUCGCUGAGGUCGUCAACAACGACAUCCCUGAAGGACCGUACGCGCGGUCCUCGUAUCGCAGCUCUGCAAUGCAAUCGGAAUUGGCGUGUAGGGUGGUUAGUUUGGAACUCCAAAUGAAACGAAUGAAACGAGACUUAGAGAGCGCCGAGGCAAAGAAUAAGACAAUGGAAAGAGACCUAAAGAAGACGAAAGAUGAACUGCAGGAGAAACGUAAUCAGCUUUUAGAGCAACAAUUCGUUGACUUUGACCCCGAUUACGAGUACGGUUACGCCCCGCACACCAUCAACAAACUCUCAAACUUCAUCUCAAGAUUCUUACUCCGUAAACCGUCGUAUGUUGACCGGAACCGUAUCUUCAGCGCAAUCAAGAGAUGCUAUGAACAUUACUCCAGGCCUGGUCAGUUUCCUGACGACGCGCAUAUGCUGAUUGCGACAGCGAAUGCCAGUAACUGGUUUACGGACAACCAGAAGGUCCACUUUCAACUCUGGAUGCGGAACAUUGCUAGGAUUACGGCGAACUCGUGCGGCCAAUCGGCUCAUGUCAGUAACGCCAACCAAGGGACGCUACUGUCCAUAUGACACCACGAGGUCCGUCCUACACAAGGACGACGAGAACUUAGACCUGUUGUCAGGGCAUCUUCUUAUAGAGGACAAACUACCUCCAUGCCAGUGACAUCUUAGAUCAGUCACAAAUCAACGUAACCAGGAAACUCUUGGAUUUUCGUUCGUAAUAUGACGUAAUAUAUUUGGCGAAUGAUAGUGUCAUCAUCGUUCACACUUAGAUAGGGUUGACGCACAAAUCAUGAAUUAUUUAGAUGCCUUAGUGUUUUCAAAGUACUCGUGCUAUCAUGGACAAAUCAUGAAUUAUUUAGAUGCCUUAGUGUUUUCAAAGUACUCGUGCUAUCAAGGACAAUGUCUUUGAUUAUGACGAGCCUUAUUGUACGUGUGGUGAUACAUUAGAGAGAUCUCGACCAUCGUGCACACGUACGUAACUUUCUGUAUGUAGCUCUCUGAAGGACACCAUCUACUAGGGACCCAGACAACCAAAGUAAAGUUUACCAAAUGACAUCGUUCACAAUAUCUGGGUCCCUUUAAGUAAGUUACUGUUGUGAUAUUAUUCAGUUUAGUCAAGUUGUAUUUGGGUGCUUUAAAUAAUCUGCUGGUGCCAAGUUGUAUCUGGGUUUGGGUUAGUGAAGUAUAGUUUUCAUUGUUAGAAAGAAUUCGAUAUUCUGUUUUGAGUUAGUUUCUUCUUAUCGGCACUGUGGCGUCGGUAUCCCUCCUCCAUUGACGUAUAAUUGUACACCACCGACAAAUCGGCAUGAGUUUCAUUUUGAGGUUCAGCUGAAAACCGAUUUGCCUUGCUGGCCCUUGCAGGGCACACUCUCACGGGCAAAGCAGUCCAGUCAUACAAUAUCUACCGUACGAAAAAAAGAAAUUGAAAUAUCACCUGUAUUAUACCGUAUUGUAUAUGUGAUACCGUAUUGUAUGCAUGGAUAUAAGUAUAUGUUCACUGAUCUGGUUUUGCAAUAAACAUAUAAAUAGGCAUUUUC